GUCGUCGUUUCAUUCCCAUGCCAAUGUUGAUUCCUUUGUUGACGUUGUUGUCGUUGUUGUUGUUGUUGCAGUUGUCGUUGUUGUUGCUGUUGUUGUUCCUUGACCUUGAUUCGUUUAUCCUUUUUGAGUUUCAGUUCACCAUUUUGUUUUCGUUUUUUCUGUUGUUCUUUGGUUAUCAUUGAGAUGUUAUUUGUAGAUGAUUUCAUUGAUGCUGGAGCUGAUGUUGGCCCAGACGCUGACGAAGAAGUUUUUCCACACAAUAUUUUCCCAUGUUUCCAUUUGACACCACAGGCGUUGCAAAGUGUACCAGCACCUUCGGGGCCACGGCGCCACAUAGGGGUUGUUUUUGAUCCACA